CUCUCUCUCUCUCUCUCUCUCUCUCUGGUCUGUAGGGAACACAGCUCAUCUUUAAUGCUGCUAAAGAGUUGGGUCAGCUCUCCAAGCUAAAGGAACAUAUGGUGCGAGAGGAGGCUAAGGCACUGACCCCUAAACAGUGUGCAGUCAUUGAGCUGGCACUGGACACUAUAAAGCAAUAUUUCCACGCAGGUGGUGUGGGUUUAAAAAAGACAUUUCUAGAGAAGAGUCCGGACCUGCAGUCUCUGCGUUACGCACUCUCUCUCUACACACAAGCCACCGACAAACUCAUCAGGAAAUUUGUUCUGUCCCAGCACACUCAGGUUCAUGGAGGUAAAGGUGUGCGCUACACUAAUAGUGAAGAUGUUUAUCCAGAGAAAGCAUCAGCAGUAGAAGAUGCAGUCGGUGAAGUCUGUAUGACUGUAGAGAUCUUCAGUGACCCAAACACAGGAGGACACAAGAUCACUGUUAAAGUGGUGGCAGCCAAUGACCUUCGUUGGCAGACGCAGGGUAUUUUCCGACCCUUUGUAGAGGUUUACAUCAUUGGUCCUCACCUCAGUGACAAGAAGAGGAAGUUUGCAACCAAAUCUAAGAACAACAGCUGGUCACCUAAAUUCAGCGAGUCAUUUCAGUUUGUUUUGGGCAGUGAGUUGGGUCCUGAAGGUUAUGAGUUGCAGGUGUGUGUAAAGGAUUAUUGUUUUGCUCGUGAGGACCGGACCGUCGGGAUGGCUGUACUGCAGCUGAAGGAUUUGGCGUCCCGGAGCAGCGCGGCCUGUUGGCUCCCGCUCGGCAAACGCGUUCACAUGGAUGAGACUGGUCUCACCGUUCUCCGAAUCCUCUCUCAGCGGAACAACGACGAGGUGGCCAAAGAGUUUGUCAAACUGAAAUCUGACCAGCGCUCGGCAGAGGAGGGUAGAGGGAGUUAAAGCCGUCGGCUCAUCAGGUCAUCAUUCAUUCAUUUGUUCUGGAUGUUUAACCCUAAACUAAAGGUGGCGCACAAUCAAGCGCUUUAAACACGAAACACACUCAUAUAAACAUGUUUCCAUGAAUAAUAAUAAGACACACUCAUCUAUACAGACUUAAGCAAUGACAUUUAUUUCGAGCAAAUAAUGAUGUCAACAUAAUCCACUGAGUUAUUUAAACACUCUUUAACAUUCAUUUAAAAUGUACCCUGUUUAUUUUGUUUAAUACACGUUUCUCUGAAAUGAUAUUUGAUAACAUUAAGACUGCAGUGUUAUUGGUUAAUGUUUAAAAAUCUAAAAUCACGGCUAAAGUUCAUGCUUUCAUUUAAUGCCAGCUAAUGUUUAAGUAAUACGUUAACACAUUUGGCAAAAACACUUACAGUAUAUUCAUUUUUAUCGGUAAGUGGGGCUGAAACCCAUGACCUUUGCAUUGCUAACACAAAGCUCUAAGAAUUGAGCUACAGAUUCAUGGGCAAUAAUGACAACAAAUGUUAAUAUUGAGAUAUAAGGGAAGGAUUUGUAGGAUGAACCGGACCUUCAUGUCUUUAAGAUAGUUUGUAUUGAUGAUGUUUCUGGAAAAGAGUCAAUCCACUGCACGCACACAGUCAACCUUAACCCUUCAAUCAUUUCCUGAUAGGAAAAAUCUCUAGGUUUUCACAUUUAUUCCGUCUCAAACACAGGAUCAGGGUUCAGGGAUUGUAAGAUUUUACUGUAUGUUGCCGUAAAGCCUGAUUUAUACUUCUGUGUCAGACCUACAUCAGUAGCGCACCGCAUAGCCAAACGCCAUCCUCUCCAAAAAUGAAACGUGUCAAUGCUAUGGGGACUGCAAGCGCAGUGAUUGGACCGCUAGAUCCCUCCCUCAGGUAAAAUAAUCGGCAUCGCAUUUCCUCGUAUGCAUUUCUGCUUGUGAUUGUAGUUUACACCACUAACAUGCUUGUGGCAGCGGCAUACUCGAUGAGAACAACACAGAAGUAUAAAUUAGCCUUGAGAUAUAAUGAAGUUUUUAUUGCUGUCUCUGAUUGGUGUGUAACGGAUCCUCCAGCCAAUCAUUGAUGAUGUUACUGGCGGUCGCUGAAUGUGGCUUUCUGGGUCUGUGUGAUGACAUCAUCAUGUCAUUUAAAAGGGGCUCGAUUUAGAAACUCUGAGGUGGUUUUAGAAGUGAUGUUUGUGUUUUUAUAAACGGACUUGUUUGAUGAAGACCUGAAGGGUCUUUAAAAAGCCAAAACUCAAACUUACAAGGUCUUGAUGUAAUGAUUGUUGAUGUUAUGAUGAUUGUUGUACAAAACUAACUGUUGUCAGAUUGAGUCACAGAAAACCCUCUGUAUACAAACACGCACACCCACAACGCUUUGCGGCCUUGAGGUACUACAGUACCCCUCCUCUGUCUCUUAUCAUCUGUGUUUUACAGCUUGACUAUUGAACAUGCUGGGUCUGGAUUUAUUUCUCCAGACAUGUUGAUGUGUUCAGUUCAGUCCUGGUCUGGUUCAGUCGCUUCGGUCCGUGUGGUCUUUAGCACGAUGAAGAUAAACCCAACAAACACUGUGACUCAAACACACGUGUCACUUCAGUCACUGUGGAUUAUGGGCUUUUGUUUGUUUGUCUGCUGGACAUCCAAAAAUACUUCUUUGUAGAAGAGAGGUUUCUGUUUUACAGAAGAGUUUAAUAUGAAUAUAAAUGAUCUGUAAAGAGUUUGCGUCAGAUGCUGAUGUUUAUUGUCAUGGGUUUGGUCAUAGAUGCAACCAUGAAAUGCCACAAAGCAAAACCCUUUCCAUUCAGGACUUGAGGUGUAAAUCACAAGAGCAGUGAAGUUUUUGUUUGUUAUUUACAUGUUGUGCUUUGAUCUGUGUGGAUUCUACAGCAAUACAACAGAAGAAUACAACACAAGUUUGGUUGUCAGGACAGACGAUGAUUUCAAACUUGUUUUUCAGGAUUAAACAGUGCAUUGAAAUGAAGUGUUAGAUGUCGGCCCAUUUGAAAUGUUUACGAUGCACAGUAUUUGUAUCAGCACGCAAUACUUGCAUUUCUGUUAGCGUUGCACAUUUCUGCUUUUCAGAGAUGCUGUGUUAUUCUGUAAUGCUUUUUUAUUCAAAAGUAUUACUCAAUACAAGUCAUUAUUUCCAUUUCUAACCCUUAAAGGGGACAUACCAUGAUAAUCUGUCUUUUUCCAUGUUUAUAAUUGGGUCCCCAGUGCUUCUAUCAACAUCAAAAAUGUGAUAAAGAUCAACCCAGUCACUUAUUUUUGGUAACCCAUUCUCUGCAAGCAUGUAAAAAAUAGCUCAUUGAAAUCUGUCUCCCCUUGUGAUGUCAGAAGGGGGAUCUUAUUAUAAUAAUACCGCCCCUUAAUCUGCACUAUCCAACCACGGCACUGCCAUUUAGUGCAGAGAGAAAGAGAGAGUAAAGAUAAUUGACAGAACAACUGAGUUUCAAUUUCAACAAACCACCAUUAUGGCGAUCAGUGUUUGCCUUAUCAUCAGCUCAUUUGCAUUUAAAUUUUAACAUGUUAUAAUAAAAUAUCUAUUAUAUUAUUUUGAGCUUAAACUUACUCUGGGGGAAACCAAAGAUUUAUUUGACAUUUUAUGUCUUUUGAAAUGUCCCCUUUAAGUCACUCCAACAAGGAUCAAUUUGUUGUAUUGAAAAUGGUUGUGUGAUGCAUUUCAUAUGUGUUUCUGUGAAAGAUAUAAGAGCACAUGAACCAUUGAACCAUAUGAGGGUGAGAAAACAAUGAGAAUUUUCAUGUCUCAAUGGCUCUUUAACCCUAAUGUUAAAAGCAUAAAGCUGAUUUAAUUUAACUCGACAGACUUGAUUUUCUUUAAAACCAAAUCUAACACAGCCAUUGAAUGUUACUUCACACAAGCCUUGACAUUAAAGAUGACCGAGAGUCUAACAUGCUGUCAGUUAAAAUAACCUGCCUGCCUUCACUCACUCACUUUAACACAUAACACACACACACACACACAAACACACACACACA